CACCGGGUCGCCCCGUGCCCCCAGGAGCUGCGGAGCGGGUCCUUCUGGCGGGGGGUGCUGGCGGAGGCCGUGGCGACCCUCAUCUUCGUGGGGGUGGUGCUGGGCGCCUCGGCGGCCCCCGGGCCCCUGGCACCGGCACUGGCCGGGGGGCUGGUGGCCGGGGGGCUGGCCUGCACCCUCGGGGACCCCCAGGCCAACCCGGCGCUGACGGUGGCCCUGCUCUGCACCCGCAAACUGGGCGUCCUGCGUGGGGCCGCCGGGCUCCUGGCCCAGUGUGCCGGGGCCACGCUGGCCUCCGCCGCCGCCCGCUUGGCGCUACCGGACGAUGCCAGCCUCGUCACCAGGGAAAGCGUCAAGGACCUGAUCCGGUACCUGCGCCAUGAGGACGAGAGCCGGGACGUGCGGCAGCAGCUGGGGGCAGCCCAAAUCCUGCAGAACGAUCUCCUGCCCAUCCUGGUGCAGUACCCGCAGGAGAAGGUGCUUUUCGACGCCGUCGUCAGGCUGAUGGUGAACCUGACGCAGCCCGCUCUGCUCUGCUUCGGCAAAGUGCCGGCAGAUGCCACCUCCCGGCACCAUUUUCUCCAGGUCCUGUCCUACCUCCAGGCCUACAAGGAGGUGAGUCCGUGA